AUGGUCGCCAUUCGCUCCUUUCUUAUCCUCUCCGCUGCGGUCGGCAUUGCGUCUGCUGGGAAAUGCAAGCCUGAAAGCCGUUCAAGUUCCAUCGUUUCGGUGGCCAGCAGCACUGUUUCUGCCAGCGACACCGCGUCGUCAACUGCUUCCGCAUCAGCCACGCUCAUCGAGUCUACUUCCACUCUGGCUGAAACAACUAUGGAAACGAGCAUUACCGAGUCUGCUACUGAGACUGCUUCCAGCGACACUGCCUCAGCAAGCGCUUCGGGCUCAGCCACAUCUACCGAGUCUUCUACCACUCUAGUCGAUACCACUACUGAAACGAGCCUUGCGGAGUCUACUACAGAGACUGCUUCCAGUGGCACCGCCUCAGCCACGACGCCUAUCGAGUCUUCUACUACUCUGGCCGAGACCACCACCGCCGAAACGACCGUUGCGGAGUCUACUACUGAGACGGUUGCUAGCACAACCGAGUCGAAGCCCACUACUUUCCUCACUUCUUUCACCACGUCGAAUGCAGACACCACUACCGAAGCUGCAUCCACCACGACAGCUGCCGCUGGGCCCGUCGUCACCUGCCCUUCAGAGGUAGACCAGUGCCUCGGUACUAUGGAGAUUCAAUGUGACGUGAUUCUCUCAGGGCUGUCUGACCCUAUCACCCUCCCAACUCUAGAUGAAUGUGCCCAGGCCUGCAACUCCGACACUUCUUGCUUGGCCUUCACUUAUACAGCAGGCACGCAGUCAUGCUUCAAGGCCACUGCUUCUGAUUCCUACACUGCCGUGUCCUUGGGUGGCUGGGCAUCUGGCAUUAAGGGAACGUGCGGUGAAAACAAUGAACCCAGCAGCACCGUCAUUACAUCCACCGCCGAAACUACUACCACCGAAGCGGCAACGACGACAACCACAUUGGCACCAGCCGGUCCUACCUGUCCCUCAACGUCUGAGCAAUGCGCGGGCAGCGCAGAGGUACUGUGCGAUGUACAGCUCGAUUGGUUGCAGCUCGCUGGAAUCUCCAACGACAUUCUCGAGUGCGCCUCGUUCUGCGACGAAGAUGAUGAAUGCGCCGGCUUCUCCCGCAUUCGUUCGACUGGAGCAUGCUUCAAGGCCGUCCCUGACGAGGGUGCCGUCGCCCAGACGGACAAAGCAGGAUGGGACAGUGGCCUCAAGUAUUCCUGCGCCACCUAG